CGGAUGUGCCCUCGUAUGUGAGCGAGUUGUACAACAAAUCGUGAUCACGGUGGGAGAGAGUCUUUGUUCUUGUAAGGGAAGGCACGAUGUAUAAAAGACACCGAAGUAAUCGAGAAUAGGCAUCGCAGUGAACGCAGCGAGACAAUCAUUUACGCACCGCACUCACCGCAGUUAAAAAUGAUGACCAAAAUCCUUGUUCUCAUUGGCGCUCUCGUGGCCGUCUUUUCGGUCUGUUCGGCCCGCGCCGGAGUGAUUUCUGCAGCGGUCCCAGCAAUUCCAGCGGCGCCGGCGGUGCCCGCAGCUCUGACGGUCGGUACCUACGCCACCAGUUACAAUGCACAUGCCAUCAAUCACGCCAUUGCCGCUCCAUACGUAGCGGCUGCGCCAUUGGCUUAUUCCGCUUAUUCUGCUUACCCCGCUCUACCGGCGGCGGCUUAUUCGGCUUAUUCCGCUCCUAUCAUCACCGGAAGACGCUAAAAACAGCUGGAAAACAAAAAACAUCAAACCAUACUGACCUCUAUCCGUUAGAUCUGAUAAAUACUAAUUGGCAAUUGAUAUCAAUGAUUUCGACAUGCGAUAUCCAAUUUUUUUCAUAAUUUCUUCUUUACAUUAUACAAUGAUAUACACACUGUGAUUGUGAUUUUUUAUUCCAUUCCAUCUGUCUUCCGUCCUUUACACAAAUCCUUAUUCUCUGCAGUGAUUUUUUUGCUCAAGUCUCGCAAAAUGCGAUCAAUUCUGUACUGAAACUCUUAUAUUUAUGUACAUAGCAGUAAGUGAUUUAUUGCAGAAGAGACUAUCACUUCAAUCGCGAGGCGAAAUUCAAAGAAAAAAAAAUGCUUAAUGCAUUUUUUAUCUCUAUGGAUUCCAUUAUAAAAAGGAUAAUUUUGAAUGAAAGAAAAUACAUCUCUCUGUUUAAUCAUUGCCAUAUUCUAUUAAUAUUAACUUACAAUAUUAAUGUCGAUAAACCUGAUACAAAUAUAGUCUGUGCCACAUUUU